CACACACACACACAACUCACACACACAAACACACACUCUGGUGCUUGGUAUUUGGCUGAGAGAUAGAUCUUUUCUGUCAGAGGACCACAGUGCAGAGGAGGCUGUUAGUUUCUCAAACUGAGCUCCACGAGAGGAAUGAGGGACAGGGAGACGGAGCCAUGCCCAGCAGGAGCGCUGCUCUUUGGAGGAGAACGCACCUUCGUCUGACCUCAAGAGAAAAGGAAUCUGUGAUGGUUUUUCUGUAGAGAAACUUGUUAACUUUGGCACUUUUUCAUGAUGUCAAUGGAACGGAGGGCACUGCUUGAACAAAAGCAACGGAGGAAGCGUCAGGAACCCCUCAUGGUCCAACCCAACACAGAGGCUCGGCCCCGACGCUCCAGGACACGGCGGGGUGAGGAGCAGGCCCCGCUGGUGGAGUCUCACCUCAGCGUCACCAACGAUGUCAUCAUGGAUGGUAUCGAUGGCCCAGCAGCUUUCCUGGGUUCAGAAGCCUCCGAUCUGGGAACCAAAAUCCAAAUUCUGCCAGUGAGCCAGUCCCAGUCCCCCAAGUCUCAGUUCAAACCUCAAUCUCAGCCCCAGAGUCCCGCUGCUGAGGAGCCGGAGAGAGACGGAGACACUGAGACGCUGCUGGAGCCCAAGACAGACAUCCACGAACUGCUGCAGAAACAAGGCCUGUGUGGAAGCAUGAACUUCGAUGAAGCCAGUGACCACGAGGAAGACGUGGACGAAGAACGGACGCGCUCGCUGUCCCCUCACACGGACGCCAACAGGCCCGCCUCAGCCGCGAGUGGAAAGGACAUUCCAGAGGUGGGAACGCCCGGAUCCCCCACAGCAGACUGCUUACUAGCAGAUGUGGCUAAUCUGGAGGAGUUCGUCCUGCGCCCCGCACCACGAGGCGUCACAGUUAAAUGUCGAAUCACCCGGGACAAGAAGGGUAUGGACCGCGGCCUCUACCCCACCUACUUCAUGCACAUGGAGAGAGAGGACGGCAAGAGGGUGUUUUUGCUGGCAGGAAGAAAGAGAAAGAAGAGUAAAACAUCCAACUACCUUAUUUCAGUGGAUGCCACCGAUCUGUCACGAGAGGGAGAGAGCUUCAUCGGUAAACUGAGGUCCAACCUCAUGGGCACCAAAUUCACAGUGUACGACAACGGCACCAAUCCCUGCAAAAACCCCGGGGCCUUGCUGGAGGAAAGCAACACUCGACAGGAGCUGGCCGCCAUCUGCUAUGAAACCAACGUGCUGGGAUUCAAAGGACCACGCAAAAUGACCGUAAUCAUCCCCGGCAUGAACAUGAACUAUGAGAGAGUCCCUGUGAGGCCUCAAAAUGAGCAGGAGAGCCUCCUGAGCAGGUGGCAGAAUCAUUCACUGGAAAACCUGAUCGAGCUGCACAACAAGGCUCCCGUGUGGAACGAUGACACCCAGUCUUAUGUGCUGAAUUUCCACGGACGCGUAACUCAAGCUUCAGUCAAAAACUUUCAAAUAGUUCACGACAAUGACCCCGACUACAUCGUCAUGCAGUUCGGCCGAGUGGCUGAAGACAUCUUCACCCUGGACUACAACUAUCCCAUGUGCGCUCUCCAAGCCUUCGCCAUCGGCCUGUCGAGCUUCGACAGCAAGUUGGCCUGUGAAUAGCCGCGCAGCUACCUGAUCUUUUGGUUCCUGCGUGGCAGUUGUUGUUUUCUUCUUUUUCCCUCAAGGCAGGGGUUUACAAGGGUUGUUUCAAUAUCAGUUUACCCAACUGUGUACAGUAGAUGUACACAAGUAUACAGACUGAAAAAAGGGAAAUGCAAAACCCAUGAUCCAUCUGUGCUGGAGACAGGUGCUCUUAGAAGACACCAAGUGCAAAAAGAACUGGCGUCAUAUUAGGGACCCUCUUUGAAGAUAUGUGUAAUGGUCACAUAUUUUCUUUUGCUUCUGUUGCCUCUGAAUUUAAUUUCACUCAGUGUUUUAUGGUCACACUAGCAAGUGUAGCUCUGAGAAGUCAGGCUACAAAGCAUAAACCGUUCUGGAUUGACAUGGCCUUUCCUGUGGCGCCACCUGCAGGCCAAAUGUUAGAAUUAAAAGUACAGAGAAGUGCUUUUUUUUAACCCAUGCAUCAGUCUGUUCUGUUAAGGGCAUCACAGUCUCUACGCUAGUGUGACUAUUUUUUUUACUUUUAACCUUGUUUACAUGUUAAAACGUUGCUGUAUGGUUUAACCUGCCAUCUACUAAUUUUGACAUUAUUCUUUCUUGUUGUCAUGUUUCUUUGUUCCUUGUGUGGAAGCUGCAUUAUUCAGCCUGUCUUCUUACGGCUUUUGUGUUUUUUUGUGAAUAAGUGUAAUUUUUAUCAUGUGACUGUGAUUUUCUUUUUUUUUUUGCUUCGUCUUAGCAACUUCAAUUAUCGUCACAAAGAAAACAUACAAGCAGAAUUGCACAUUUUAAAAAGAAAGAAUAUACAUGCUGUAUAUAAAAAUACAAGACAAUGCCUUAUUAUUUGAGCUCCUCUGGCAGUCUUUAAACAACAUUAAAUAUGAAAUGUCACUACAAGACUUCAAGAUGAUUGAGUGUUCAUAUUCGACACAGAGCUGAUAUUUUCUUGGAUACACAGAUACAAAAGUCAUCCAGGAUUUUUAUGUUUUUAUAGGGGAAAAAAUCCAUCUACAAGGAGUAUUGAAAAUGUGACAUUAAUGAGCUCAGAUGAAGUUAGAGCCAAUUUUGUACUACUCACGUUUUUGCAAAAUUACCUCCAAUUCCUCCCUUUUUAUUAGUUUUAUUUAUAAGGGAAUGAUUAAUCAAUAAGGGAUAGAGUCCUGUAAGUAGAUUUUUGUCUUUAAAAACUGUCCCUAAUAUGUUGUCCAUUCAGUGUAGUGUAUGUUUGUGACAGAAAACACAACAAAGAACAUCUUUCUCAUAUUUUCACUAUUGCGACAGAGCCAGCAGUUACUUUAAUACAGAUCAAGGAUGGACUUUUACUGCUAUAUGAGGUUGUUCUUUAGUGCUCAAAAUGUCCUAUCAGAACCUUAGAUCUGCUGAAGUCCUCUUCUACACACAAACUACUCAGUUUGUUUAAAGAUGUUCUUGUUACAAAUAGUUAAAAAAA